CAUGCUACGGAGCAACCAAAGCCAGAGAAAGCUGAAGCUGCCGUGCCGGUGGCAGCUGGAGAAGCCGCGUCUGGUGAGGGUCAGGCCGUAGAGGGUGGAAAGACCAGUAGCCGACGCAAAUCACAGAAAAAGUAG